CCGCUCCGCUUUCCCCUCCUCUCGCUCAGCUCCAUUCCUGGAUCAUCUCGUUUCGCAAGCGAGGAGGAGGAGGAGGGAGGAGAUCGAGGCCACGAUGAUGCAGCAGAUGCAGCAGGAGCCAUGGAACGCCGCCGCCGUGGGGCUCCUCCGGCCGACCAAGUCGGCGCCCUGCUCGCCCAUCAAGCCGCCGCCGGCGGCCAUGGUCCGGACCCACUCCGACUCCUUCCACGUCGCGCACAAGGUGCCCGUCGGCGACACGCCCUACGUGCGCGCCAAGCGCGUCCAGCUAGUGGACAAGGACCCGGAGAAGGCUAUCGCGCUGUUCUGGUCGGCGAUCAACGCCGGCGACCGUGUGGACAGCGCGCUCAAGGACAUGGCCAUCGUGAUGAAGCAGCAGAACCGCGCCGAGGAGGCCAUCGAGGCCAUCAAGUCUCUGCGCAGCCGGUGCUCCGACCAGGCGCAGGAGUCGCUCGACAACAUCCUCCUCGACCUCUACAAGAGAUGCGGGCGGCUGGACGACCAGAUCUCGCUGCUCAAGCACAAGCUGCAGCUGAUCCACCAGGGCCACGCCUUCAACGGCAAGCGCACGAAGACGGCGCGGUCGCAGGGCCGCAAGUUCCAAGUCACCCUCGAGCAGGAAGCCACCAGGCUUCUUGGUAACCUGGGAUGGGCGCUGAUGCAGAAGGAGAACUACACGGAGGCGGAGGGGGCGUACCGGCGGGCGCUGCUCAUCGGGCCGGACAACAACAAGAUGUGCAACCUGGGCAUCUGCCUCAUGAAGCAGGGCCGCGUGCUCGAGGCCAAGGACGUGCUCAAGCAGGUGCGCCCCGCGGCGGUCGACGGCCUGCGCGGCGCCGACUCGCACCUCAAGGCCUACGAGCGCGCGCAGGAGAUGCUGCGGGACCUCGAGACCAAGCUCGUCGGCCGCCCGCGCGCCGACCAGCUCGACACGAGCUGGCUCUUCGACGCGCUGCUGCUGGGAUCUUCAUCAAGUAUCUGGCAGCCGCAGCCGUGCAUCGACCACUUGCUGCCACCUCAGGCUCCGGCUCCGGCUCCGGUCCCGGCGCCGGCGCGGCGCGACCACUUCGCCGAUGAAAACGCCGUCAUGAGCAAGAAGCUGGCGGCGCUCCAGGCGAACAUGCUCAAUGUGGACGCGCAGCCCUUCUACUCCCUGCGGAUGCCGCCACUUGCGACGAAGCCACAGAACACACUGCCUCAGCAGCCGCAGCACAAGCCAGCUCCGGUCCACGAUCCCUUGGGCAACCUGAAGAGGACACGGUCCGGCAAUUGCAUGGACAAGGCAGGAGCAGUGGUGGUGGACAAGGAGCAGAGCACCGACGAGAACAGAGGCAGGAGGAAGUCGCUCUCGGCUGAGGACAGAUGGCCGGAGCUGCCCGACCACAGCGCGUUCGACGAGGCCCUCGUCGCGGCUGUCCUGGGCCCGGUGCUCGACGACGAGCCAGCAGCCACCGAAGGGAGGAACGGCGGCCACCGCAAGCUGCCGGCGAGCUGCGACACGAGCCCAGUGGUGAAGGAGAAGAUCGGCAAGAGGCUGAGGAUCUUCCAGGACAUCACACAGACAGUGAACAACUUCUGAUUCGUCUCGGUUUUCUUCACUUUCCUACUCACAACAGGCAGGCUCGACGUGGUGACGCCGCGGAGGAGAUGGGCUUGUUCUCCUGGGAGCGCCUGCCUGGCAACUAAAAUCAGGAACUCGAUUCAAGUUAAUUUGAUUUCCAAUUCGAUUUUAACACACCAAAUAACAGCUGAUUCUUUUGUUCGCUUCUUCAGCUUGGCAUUUUAAGGAAGCUUCUGUUUCCUGCUUCCUUGCCAUAAGGCUCUCCUUGUAAUAGAAGUGGACCGCAUCGUGUUCUAAUUAUGUUUGGUUAAACACUUGAAUAACAAAGCUCAUUAUUUAU